UCAUGAUUUCUGGAAAGAGACACAUGUUGAGUUCUUCAAUUGUAUUGAUUUGGAGCUUUGAGCUCCACAAGCAGAGCCCCGUCUGGUUCUAUUUACUGGAGAGAAGGCAGACAUCUCUACACAACUCAGCAACUUACACCAAAACAAUGAAGGUGGAUAAAUAAAUCUACAGAAGAACAGGUGUAGAUUAUUAUCUGCUGCAUGUUAUCAUAAAUACUGUAGACUAUUUGGAUGCAGAGGAAAACACAUCAGACGGUGAAGGGAACUCAUUCAGGUUGGGUCUCGAGACUUUCAAAGGUUUCACUCUGAACAAUGGAAGAUUUCUACAUUAACAACACAUCACAGGACAACAGCUACUAUUACAGCAACACCACCAUCAACAAAGAUAACUAUGACCAUCACGUUAAUCAAAGGUUCAUCCUACAAGUGGCAACAUACAUAAUCUCUGGUAUCGGCCUUCCUUUGACCCUGGUUGCCAUCUAUACCCUGUAUUCUGAGGUGAAGAACGAUCAUGUUGCUCCGAUCUACGUCAUCAACCUUCUCCUUUCUGACCUCAUUCAGUUCUGCUGCUCCACUGUUGCUGAGGCGUUAACAUAUUAUUAUCAGCUGGGACUCGUAUCAUUCAUCUUCUCUAUCAUGUACUUCUGCAGUCUGUUGGUCAGCGUGUGCUUCAUGGUGUGUAUCGCCCUGGAAAGGUUUUUGGUCAUUGUCUGUCCACUGUGGUACCGCUGCAGACGAUCCAUAAAGAGCUCUGUGCUGAUCUGUGUCCUGGUCUGGGUUGUUCCUUCUGUCCUUUACUUAUUAACAGAAUAUUUAUAUUACAUCGCCUUCUGGGUCAUCUCCACCCUCCUCCUCCUUCCCUUCCCACUGUUCAUAUUCUUCCUUGUUGGGGUCCUGAAAGCUCUGUCUGCUUCCAUCUCCGUCCCCUCUGAUGAAAAACGACGAAUUGUGGGAAUUUUGGUUCUGGUGCUGCUUAUUUACACACUGCUGUUCCUGCCAUCCAUUAUUGGGAUGCUCUUAGAGACAUAUAACGAAACCCUCAACAUCCUGAGUUUGAUGUUUCUUAGGUUGAGUCCUCUUGCAGACUUGGUUCUGUAUAUUUUCAUGAGGAAGGGGAUCAUAGAAAAGAUUUUGGCCUCUGUGUGUUGUUGCAGAAAGGACAGCAAUGAUAUCAGCAGUUCAUCAGUGUGAGAGAGAGAGAGACAGAGACACACAGAGAGAGAGAGAGAGAGAGAGAGAGACAGAGAGAGAGAGAGAGAGAGAGAGAGAGAGAGAGAGAGAGAGAGAGAGAGAGAGAGAGAGAGA